AUGCCUCGGGGACAGAAGAGUAAGCUUCGUGCCCGUGAGAAGCGCCGCAAGGCCCGGGAACAGUCCACGGAUCCAGUGGAUGCUCAGGUCACUGUGCCAGGGAAAGAAGAGGGGCCUUCCUCAUCUCCUAGAUUCAGUGGUGAUCCUCGGAGUUCACCUGCAGUUGGAAAACCCAGCAAUCCUCAAGCGUCUGGGGGAGUCUGCUCCACCAACACAAUUGCUGCUGUCGUUUCAAAUGCAAGAUUUAAUGAAGGUGCCAACAAUCAGAUGGAGAAAAUGCCAAAUGUCUUACGUGCCAAGGAUAUCACUGAGCCCCGGCACAGGAGCAGAAGCCCUCUGAAUGAAAAGGUGGUUGUGUUGGUGCACUACCUGCUGUACAAGUAUCAAAGGAAGGAGCUUGUUACCAAGGCAGAUAUGGUGAGAAAUGUAAUCCAGAUGUACAAGCAUCACUUCAAUGAGAUCUUCAGGAGAGCUUCUGAGCACUUGGAGCUGGUCUUUGGCCUUGACAUCAAGGAAGUGAAUUCCAGCAACAACACCUAUGUUCUCAUUGACAAACUAGAGCUAAGCUGUGAUUCGAGAGAACACAGAGGUGUGCCCAAGACUGGCCUGCUGAUGACUAUCCUGGGUGUGAUCUUCACGAAGGGCAACUGUGCCCCUGAAGAGGAAGUCUGGAAAGUGGUGAAUCUAAUGGGGCUGCAUGUUGGGAAGAGGCACUUCAUCUUUGGGGAGCCCAAGAAGCUCAUCACAGAAGAUUUGGUGAGAGAAAAUUACCUGGUGUACCGCCAGGUGUCCGGCAGUGAUCCCCCACGCUACGAGUUCCUGUGGGGCCCCAGAGCCCAUGCCGAAACCAGCAAGAUGAAAGUCCUGGAAUUUUUGGCCAAGAUUCAUGACACCGUCCCCAGUGAGUUCCCACGCUAUUAUGAAGAGGCUUUGAGAGAUGAGGAAGACAGGGCCCUAGCCAGAGCUGUAGCCAGGGCUCGUAUUUCUUCCUUGGCCAGGGCACGCUCCAUGGCCAUGGCCAGCUGCUUCUGCCCCAAGUGA